CCCGCAUCCCGUCCACGCAGUUCCUUUCCACCCACAUCCGGCCAACUUUGUUCUCUCUAAUAAUCCCCAUUUGUUGACACGAGCACACCCCCUCAAAAAAAAACGAAGAGGCACCGACCCUCUAUUCUCUGUAUCUUACAUUACCACGGGCGUUAUUAUCAGGUCCUCCUUUGCUUCUUUCUCCCAUAGACCAAUUUUCGCGCCGCUAGUUUACGGCCAUUUUAAUACCUACCUUACCGACAAGUGGAAAAGGAUUCCAUCCAUCCGUAUUCGACCCGACGACACCUUACAGUCGUCCCCGUUUACCUGGGAGCAGCCUCCAGCUUGCCGUCACUCCCACCGCGAACCAUCACCCCAUCUUCCAGUCACCACAAUGGCGCCGCAAGAUAGCUUCGUCGACGAUGAAGAAGAGACCUGCCCUCUCUGUAUCGAGGAGUUUGAUCUUUCUGAUCGUAACUUUAGACCAUGCCCCUGCGGAUACCAGAUCUGCCAGUUCUGUUUCAACAAUAUCCGAAAUAAUAUGAAUGGCCUGUGUCCGGCAUGCAGAAGACCAUACGACGACAAGACCAUUCAAUGGAAGGUAGUCACUCAGGAAGAGGUUGCCGAGUUCCGAGCGAAUAUUCAAAAGAACCAAAAGCGACGUGCCGCCGAGCAACGCCAAAAGGAAGCCCAAAAACGCGAAGCCGAAAAGGAGAAUCGGAAGAACUUGGUCGGCGUCCGGGUCGUUCAGAAGAAUCUGGUCUACGUAACUGGGUUGACGCCUACGGUACGCGAGGACGAGUUGCUCAAGACACUCCGGCGCCCCGAAUUUUUCGGACAAUAUGGCAAUAUCCAAAAAAUAUCCAUCAGCAAUCGGAAGAGCCAAGACGGGCAGAAUCAGUCCCUCGGGAUUUACGUCACUUUCGAGAAGAAGGAGGAUGCUGCCAGGUGCAUUCAAGCAGUUAAUGGCUCCCAAAACGGCGACAGGGUUCUAAGAGCUCAACUGGGUACCACCAAGUAUUGUUCAGCUUGGCUCCGUCACGAGGUGUGUACGAACAGGCAGUGUAUGUUCCUGCACGAGCUCGGCGACGAGGAGGACAGCUAUUCUCGCCAAGACCUGUCUUCGAUCAAUAGCAUUAGCAGCCAACGACCCCUCCCGGUUGCCGGUGCUUCUAGGUCGGCAUCCCGCCAAACGGGUCACCCCUCGCCCGCGCCCUCGAAUGCUCAACCGAUGAUCCGGAGUUCUAGCAAGGAGGAAUCCGAAAACGGCGAUGGCCCCGCGCUGCCCUCUUCAGCUACCUGGGCGCGAAACCCUCAGGUCCGUAGCCGACGUGGAAGCCAUGCCACUAGCGGCGCCGCCCCCAGUCCUGCAAUCUCCAACAUUCUUCCAGUCACUUCUGAAUCCAACCGAGAAGCCGUCGAAGAUUUCCCUCCGAUCGAGAGCACGGUGCAUCAUCCUCCUCCUCCUCAGAAGACCAAAACCGAAAAGUCGCCCAAAUCGGCACCAAAGCCUGCGCCAAAGCCCGCUCCUCCUGUUGAAGAAGCUUCACCAGCUCCGGCUCCUGCGCCGGCACCGGCACCGGCCCCCGUUACUGCUCCGGUUGCGGCGCCUGCUCCACCCAAGGUUGAGACAUCCGCCAAGUCCACUCUCGAGAAGGCUAAGAGCGCUUCUCAGGACACGCUUACGAAGCUUCUCAAAUCACUCAAUGGAUGCUCUCUCGCCUGGCCCAAGCUUGGAGAUGACUCCACAGAGUCUGCUUACCCACCUUUGUUUGAUGUGAGGGGUGGCGAAAAGCGGAGAGCUUUGCGCGACGAUGUCACCACCGGCGUGGCAGAGUCGCAUGAGGGUUCCGCGGCAGCUACCGAACCAGCCGAGGUCGAGCCUGAGAGCAGUGGCAGCCUUGCUUUGGGAGGUGAGCCUGAGGACCGGGAUCCUGGACGUGACUUCAAUUUGCGGGGAGGUGCGCAGCCGCCCAUUCAACGCGCUAACAACGACGGACUGUUUGGGUCGGCGAUCGGGUCUGGCUUCAGCCAGGGUUCGACCAACCUUGCCUCUAUUGGCAGUCGUACCAUGACACCGCAGCAGCCUGCUUUCAUGCGUCCGCAGGCCACAGGCUACGAUCACCUUCCUCCCGGAAUCACUUCUCAGGCGAGCCUUUUCCAGGGUCAGGGACAUAACCGCCAGGGCUCUCGAUUUAGCUUCGCGAACGAGGGCCAAACCACGUCUGCCACUUCGGUCAAGCUUGCGGCAAACCCCAGGGUCAUGGCUCAGCAGGCCUCCAUGAUGCCUUCGUCCUUCCACAGUCAACCCAACACGCAGUUCUAUGCCAGCUCCAUGCCCGGCCCUCCGCCCGGGCUCAAGUCUACGAGCACCCCUCCGAGCAUGUUUGGGCAACACGGUUUCGGCUCUGCUUUCGGUAACGCCACGAAAGAUACACACGAGAUUCUUCAGCUCCUCAACCGCAGCCGAGGUGCCGGUAGCCAGGUUCAUGAUGCGGGAAAGCAUGAUGAUCUUCCCUCGUUCGAAGAAGUCACGACAAGCGUAGACGCUCUGGUUUCUGAUGAACCCAUCACGACGAUACGUCAACCGCCUGGAGCCUUCGAUAACUUCGGCCGCACCGGGACUCCUAUUGUUGCCCCUCCUCCGGGACUGGGUAUGCCAAUCAACCAUCCUUCCCCUGCGAUUUCUCACGCAUCUUUGAGAGCCGGAACGCAGACACCGCCGGUCGCCGUACCUGUUGUACCUCCCAAGGCAACCACAGCAGCGGCGUCUACCGCAGCGUCUACGGCACCGCCUACGAGUACACCCGUAACCGCAACGGCAUCUAGUGUGGCAGUUUCCACCGCAGCGUCAACCACGUCAACGCCUACAACAGCUCCCAGCCCACUUGUCAGCAAGAACCGGAAGAAUAGCGUGGAAAAGGGCAUGCGAUACUGUCCAUUUUGCGCCUUGGAUUUGCCUGUUGCCAAGGAUGGCAAGACUAUCAACGUUUUGGAAGCGGAGAGACACAUGGAUUCGUGUGAAAACGAUAGGAAGCUCCGUCUCGCAGCUCUCGCGCCUGAGGCCAAGAAGAACUCCAAGGAGAACAUCCAAGCUCUUGCUGCGGAGAGUGGGCUAUCGAGGGAUAUCGCAACGGUUAAGGCAAAGGCACCGAAGGUUCUGGCAGACGAGGACUUCCCUGCUCUUAACAGUCCCAAGGUCCAGGCGGCUGCCACGACACCUGCCGUUUCGACUAAGACUACGGCAACCAAGUCUAAGGCAGCCAAGAAGGCUGAAAAGGCUGCGGAAAAGGAGAAGCCUGCUCCUGUGCUGGUUAUACCAGCGGUAGCGCCCACUCCACCCGAACCAGAGCCCCGCCCUAUAGACAAAAAGCCUGCCCCAGUUCUCAACAUCGCUGCAGCUACCCAGGUUGCCCAGGUCAAGACUGCUGAGAGUUCAUCAGCAACGACGGAGAAAUCUGCCCAUGAUCGAGACUCAGCUUUCCCUGCCCUGCCUACGCCAACGACUGCUUCAGUGGCUUCGCCGCUCGCUCGGACAGCAAAGACGCUUAGACUUGUCUCAACUCCGAAGGCUGAGACGCCCUCCACACCCGCCAAUGCGGGUGUGAUGAGCGUCUUGGGCUCCGCGGCCCGUUCUAUAGCUUCUAUUUCUGUUAGACCCGAGACUCCUGCUAGUGAGAUGAUUUCGGAUAGUGCGUCCAUCGUUUCAGCCUCGGUCUCGGCAUCUCGCACCAGCUCACCGCCGCCGUCCAAGAUCGGCUCUGCCCCUGUCAGAGCAACCACCAAGAGUCAGCAAAGGAAAGCAAGGAAGGAGCAGCUCAAGAAGGAAACAGCAGCUGUGGCAGCACAGCCUGUCAAGUCUGAUCCGAGUGAGGAGAUCGGGCCCAUCAUUGGCCGCAAGAAGAAGCAGAAGAAGGAGAAGGAGAAGGAAAAGCCAAGCACCACCAACACAAACGUAACACCCACUGUCAGUAGACCGGAAACACCUGCACAAAAGGAAAAGGAGACGCCGCCCCCGCCACCCACGAAGGAGGUGAAGGAGGUCAAGGAGGAGUCUUCAACCUACCGAUCGACGGCUAAUGAAACGACGACAUUGACGGAUGACGCCUCUCCGAUUAAGACCAGGGGAGCAAAGGAGACGCCAAAGUCAGAUGCGGUCUCAACCCCUCGAACUUUGCCGACACCUGGCACGAUCUUCCAAGAUUUGCAAAAGUCGGGGCUUGUUCCCGAGAAGAUCGAUGACCUGCCUCUUUUCAAGCCAACAAGCACUGGGUUUGAGAAGUCGAGAAAUGAUCAUAGCAACGCUGCUGCCAGGGAGAACGCGGCUCGGAACGCCAUGACGCCUACGAAGUCGAUUGUGACUGACGAGGAUCAGGCAGCUCUCCUCGCGGGUCACCCCGUUCGUAAAAUGAUUGACGGCGUCCGCAUUCUCCUUACUCCCAACGGUGACUGCAUUCGCAACCUGACCGAAGAAGAGGAGGAUCGGUUCUUGGAGCUUCAGGCUCGCAUCGCCGAGACCGCUUCAAGCCCUGCCGCGUUUGUUUCCUCUCGCCACGAAGCCGGUGGUGGAUUCAGUCUGAUCAAAGGGCGUGCUGUGCCCAAUGGGCCACCGGGCUACUUUCCCCAGGCUCCGGGCCAAUAUCCGACGGAUCCUGUGAACAAGAUCCAGCGGGAGGAAGCGAUCUACUAUAUCAACCAGUACGUCCUGCCGCGGUUGAACCUGAACGCCAGAGACAUGAGCUUCCCCAAGGCCAUGUCCAACUGGCACCCGGAUCAGCGUGGCGGGAACCCGGCCGCCGCCGGCCUGAGCUCGCUUGCUCCAUGGAUGUACGGCGCUGGCUCUCCUGCGUCGCCGCACGAUAACGACGCUGUGGCGCCAGAGAUCAGCUAUCCCGCCCCCGUCAGCGCGUUUGCCGACGCGCAUGGAUCCUACCUGGACAUGCCCCCUUCACCGUCGCCAUCUGCUCUAGACGAUCCUAUAGGUCACAAGGGCGGUGCGGGCCUCAACAUUGGCGGUGCUCCCGGCCCGUUCGGCAACGUACCGCUGAUGAGUCUCGAAGACGCCGAGUCAGCUUUGUCGGCUGCCCGUAAGGAAGGGGACAAGAUCGAGAAGCACUUUAACCAGACCGUCAGGAAGAAUAAGAGACUUCUGAUGGCCAUGGGUAAUCCCGUCUCAGUAGGUGGUAGCGGUGGCGCUCAUGCUGCUGCUGCUGCUACUGCUGGUGGAGGCGGCGGCGCGCAUUGACUAGGCUUCGAUAGUCUUUUUCGGUUCAUCGCCAUCAUCUUCGUUCUCGUCAUCUCUUUUUUCUCCUUCACACAGCAACCAUGACCAUCACGGCGGCUUGUUUGUCUUUUCCGUCGAACACCCCAUCUUCACGGCUCCUUAUCGGCCGGGGUUCCAAAAGUCUAGAAUUAUCUAGGACUAGCCUUUGAGUAGUUACUUUGCCGAGGGAGAGCGGGAGGUCGAUUAGCUGGGUACGCCAGUAAGGAAGCAACAUCGAACUAUUUCUAGAUUAGUAGCUCCGCGCUCCGAGCGAGGUUUAUAUACUAAUAUAAGUUUCGUACUCAAGCUAUCUAAAAACCUUCCGUAUAGUAGGCUUUAAAGUCGUUGUAGUAGAUGAAUAGGGUAUUAGUAAUAACGAUAGC